AUGCCCUUGACGAUCAGUCACAGGGGACAUACGUACAAGCGGAGCUGGGCGAUGAUCGCUUCGGUCACACGAGCGCUUGAUGGUCGGAAAGUCGAACUGGCUGACCCGAAAUGGCAGAUGAAGGCCACGCGGAGUGACGUUGCCUUUAUUUUCGAAGGCGACUCUGGCAGUGGAGAAGUGCCGCUGCUCGACCAAAGAGUCAAGUCGAUCAACGAGCUUGGCAAGUGGAUCGACUCUUACGGCGGCCUCAAGAAAAUCCUGGAACGCUGCGAAGGAAAAUGUCUGAAGCUGAUUGAAUUGCUGUGCGAAAUGCCGAACUGGAACGACAGUUUGCUCUACGGCCCAGUGGGAAAUGAAAGAAUGUGGAUUUUGAAGCGCGCCCAGCUUCUUUGCGCGGAUCUGUGGUACUGUGGGAUGCAGAGCGAAGAAACUGAAAUUUCAAAGCUCUGUAAAUUCGAGGAUAUCCACCAGUUGAGUGCAUUUGCAGACUACAGAAUACCGCAAUCGUUGGAAAGCAUGGGCGCGUUAGAAUAUAGUGAGCAUCUGAAAAAGCUGCUAAACGAGCAACACCGGUUCAAGCCAGGAGAGCAAGAAGAAGUGGAAAUCCGUGCUGUCUCCGUUCACGCCGCUCAUUUGGUAGCGAAUGAACUUCGGAACUGCGAAGAGUUCAAAAGAAGUUUGCAAAGAUCACCGACGUAA